AUGAACCUGCUAGCCAAAACUUUCGUAAUAUCACAUUUCUCCAAUCUUCACAAUAUUCAAACCUACUUUAAUGGCGUUUGUUCGUCCUAGAUUUUAUUGAGCGUUUUGGCGCAACAGAACCAAGUGGGCCUCUGCUUCUAUGACAGUAAAGACUCAUCAAUCCACUAUAUGGUUGAUACUCCAGAUAACCACGAGUUAAACCUUCUGGCCAGAGUCAUUCAGGAGAUUUGUCCUCAAGUGAUUAUCACCAGUGCAAAGCAAGAGCGUUGCAUGACCCGCUUCCUGAUCCAACUUGAGUCAAAUCCAGACUACAAACCAGAGGUGGUUAUUUAUCCAUAUCUUGACUUUGGUCUGGAACUGGGCAAGACAAGGCUGCUUUCAGCCCACCUGCCUUUCCUCCCCGCCUCCAUUUCAGAAUCAGAGAAGAUGGCCUAUCUCGCCUCCUGUAUCUCCUUUGACUCCCCCCUCAUGCUGAGGGCACUUGGCGCUCUUCUAAAAUGCAUGGACAGGAGGAGAGUGGGAGUUGAGCUGGAAGACAGCAGUGUUGCUGUUCCCAUCCUGCAUUUCAGUGCCUACACGCUUAAAGGUGUGUUGUACAUUGACAGGGAAGCAUACAGUGUUCUUCAGAUCUUCAAAUCAGAGCUUCACCCAUCUGUGUAUAAACUUCAUUCGGGUGAAAAAGAAGGAUUCAGCCUUUACGGAUUAUUAAACUGCUGCAGUUGCAGGUUUGGAUCCAAACUGCUCCGUCAGUGGUUCUUGCGGCCAACGAUUGACCUCGCCGUGUUGAACCGACGACAGGAAGUGAUCCGCUUCUUCACGUCGCCUCGGAAUUCAGACUACCUGGACACUUUGCGGACGUCACUACGUAACAUCAGAAACAUCCCGACUCUUUUGCGUAGGAUGUCUCUCUCACACACCAAAGUGACAGAUUGGCAGAGUCUUUACAAGACGGUGCACAAUGCAGUUUAUAUCAGAGACACAGUACGACACCUUCCUCAAUCCAUUCAACUGUUCCGGGACAUCAGCGAACGCUUCUCUGAUGACCUCCAAUACAUCGCUUCGCUCAUCAGCCGCGUGGUUGACUUUGAAAACAGUGUAGUUGAGAACCGCUUUACCGUCAAACCAAACAUAGAUCCGGCAAUCGAUGAAAAGAAAAGACAAAUGGCGGGCUUGUCCACCUUCCUGUCGGAUGUUGCUAGAAGAGAGCUGGCGCACCUGGAUCGCAGAUUCACCUCCUGCUGCAUCGUCUACAUCCCUUUGAUCGGGUUCUUGCUCUGUGUUCCGCGGCCGCCUAAUAUGGUGACGAAACAAGAUUUUGAGAUCGAGGGUCUUGAGUUCAUGUUUCUAUCAGAAGAUCACUUGAACUACCGCAACCAGAGGACCAAAGAGGUGGAUGAGCUCAUGGGAGAUUUGCACUGUGACAUCAGAGACAUGGAAACAGCUGUCAUGAAUCAGCUACAAAACGCCAUUUUGGAGAGGAGCGACUCUCUCUAUAAGGUUCUGGAUCUGGCUGCCGAGCUGGACUGUCUAAUGUCGCUGAGUAAAGUCUCCCAGGAGUACGGCUACACCUCACCCAAGCUAAUCAGCCGCAAAGCAAUAUCGAUCAAUCAGGGCAGACACCCGUUGUUGGAGGUGUGCUCUCCUGUGUUUGUGGCUAACUCCUUUGAGGGCCUUGAGUCACAGGGCAGGAUCAAAAUCAUCACAGGACCCAACUCAUCUGGGAAGAGCAUCUAUCUCAAACAGGUCGGUCUGAUCGUCUUCAUGGCUCACGUCGGCUCUGACGUGCCAGCCAAGGGUGCGGAGAUAGGCUUGGUGGACGGAAUAUUCACCUGCAUGCCGGGCCGAGAAUCCGUGUCCGUGGGUCUCAGUACCUUCAUGAUUGACCUCAACCAGAUGUCCCAGACACUUCACAGCAGCACGGGCAACUCAUUAGUGCUCAUUGAUGAAUUUGGAAAAGGGACUAACACCGUGGACGGCUUGUCCCUACUGGCUGCAACCAUCUCUCAUUGGCUGAACAAAGCUCCGGUUGAUGUUCCUCACAUCCUGCUGGCCACUAAUUUUCACAGUUUGCUGCAACUGGGCCUCUUACCCACCUCCAACCUGCUGUCUCUUCUGACGCUUGAGACGGCAGUGGAUGGGGAUGAGCUGGUGUUUCUGUACCAAUUGAAGGAAGGCAUCUGCCAAUCCAGUUAUGCUGCCAAUGUCGCCAGAUUGGCUGGCUUGCCUGUUGAGGUUGUACAGAGAGGAGUGGAAGUGUCAGAACUCUACAGGACAGGAAAAGCCAUCAAACGUAUUGAUAAAUCAGACGAGGAGGCCGAUAGAUACACGACCGUGGUGGAGAAAUUUAUGAGCCUGGACCUGGAUGAUGACAAUCUGGACUUGCAGCGCUUCUUGAAAGAGGAAGUUCUGCCCUCUGCUGGACAGAGGCUGAACACCUGAAGUGUCCUACUGCGUCACUUAGUUUCCAAUUCGGAUGUUUUUGUUGGAACUGUUCACAU